CGUCGUCCUCCUCGGCCUCAUUUCGACUUCCGGCGCCUGCGGUGGUUCGUCCUCGGCUCGCUCCCCGGCAUCUGACCGUGAGAGGAUGCGGUGAUUCGGUGGAGGUCACAGGAAAAAGGAGGAGACGAAGACCAGGGAAUGGGUACGGAGGUGCCGGUGGCGUGAGGAGCCUCGGUCGGCUAUGAGAGGAGGAGGAGGAGGGGGGAUUCCCCUCUUUUUCUUCUCCGGUAGCAACCGGAGGAUCCCUCUCAGAUUCCGUCAGCUUUCCCCGGGAUCCUUCGCGAGGAUCAAGCCGCUCCUUUACUGGUGCCUGGCCUUCGCACUCCUCCUCCUCCUCCUCCUCUGCCGCCGCCCCUCUCACUCUUCCGGAACAUCCCUUUGUCCCGGGAAAGGUUACACUAUACUGAUUAACACAUGGAAGAGAAAUGACCUUCUGAAGCAAUCUGUUGUCCAUUAUGCUUCUUGUGUUGGAGUUGAAUCUAUUCACAUAGUGUGGAGUGAGCCUGAUCAACCUUCGGAUUCCUUAUGCGAUGCUUUGUGGCAAGCUGCACAACUAAAUUCAAGAGGUUGCAAUGGUACUGAGCUAAGAUUCGACUUAAAUGAAGAAGACAGUCUAAACAACAGGUUCAAGGAAAUCAUGGAUUUGGAGACAGAUGCUAUCUUUUCAAUCGAUGAUGAUGUUCUAUUUCCUUGUGCUUCAGUAGAGUUGGCUUUCGCUGUCUGGCAAAGCGCCCCUACCACAAUGGUAGGAUUUGUACCUCGUAUGCAUCGGCUGGAUAGGAUGAAUUUCUUCUUUAGUUCAAAAAUUCCUGUCCAGAAAGGGAAUGAGGAAUACUAUAGGUAUGGAGGGUGGUGGUCCGUUUGGUGGAUGGGCACUUAUAGUAUGGUCCUCUCGAAGGCAGCAUUUUUCCACAGGAGGUAUCUCAAUCUUUACACAAACCACAUGCCUGCAUCUAUCCGUCAUUACGUAACCAAAUAUAGGAACUGUGAAGACAUUGCAAUGUCAUUCCUUGUCGCAAACACAACAGGUUCUCCUCCUAUAUGGGUCAAAGGAUGUGGAUCGCAAAUUGAUGAUGUUAAAUUGGAUUUUAUAUUAGUCAAACGGAUUCGGAUUCUGUUCUCAUUCCCAAUGGGCUGGGCCAAGAAACCUUUCGGUCGACAUCGGCAUUGGAUGCAGCGGCCUUUUAAUGGACAAUGUCGCGGACAAAUCUUGAAUAGCUUCUUAUCCGCUCUCUUCCAUCUCUCGCUCGCUCUUGCCCUCACGAUGGCGCUUCUCACCCUGGGACUGGAGAUGGGCGCCGCUCCCGUCGCCGUGGCCGCCUCGCGCCUCUCCUUCUCGCGGAGCGGGAGCCUCGUGGGUUCGUCCUCUGUCGUCUCCCUGUCUCUUCUGUCGGCCUCGACGCCCCUCACCUCCGCGCACGCUCCUCCUCCUUCCCUCUCCAUUAACUGCGGCAGAGGCGAUAAGAAGACCGCGAAAGGGAAGCGGUUCAAGCAUUCCUUCGGAAACGCGCGGCCUCGGGACAAGACGAAGGGGAGAGGUCCGCCGCGGUCUCCGGUGCCGCCCUCGCCCCCUAAGAAGGACCGUUUCGAUGAUGGAGAGGUCGUCAAGAUCGAAAUCGAUGAGUCCCUCUUCUCCUAGCUCUUCUGAACAUUGCUUUUCUCGAUCUGUACUUCCUCGUGUAGCUUUUUUCUGCAAGUCGGAUUGCCUAAUCUUAACUCGUUGAACUUUCUCUGAUAUUUGCAUCUACCGAUGAAGACGUUGAAAUUUACGAUCGCAACACCCCCUUUUUG